AUGAAGAUGUCAUGUUUUCCAAGAUUCUAUUCAGCUGGAUUCUUCAUACAUAACGAAGAUAUAUGCAAGCAAUUCUAUGGCGUCAGAGACGUUUACGAAGGAUUCGAUGUAAUGGCUCUCUCUGCUGCUGUAGACGAAGUGCUCCACAAAAUGCUCAGCCUACAAGAAACCCUCGAAUCCACAGUCGAACAGCUUGAAAAAAACAAAGAUUUAUCCAAAACCAACAUCUCAAUGUUGGAUUACAAGAAUUUCAUCCAACAACAAGUGAUUCAACCUCUUUACACCGCUCAUAUCACUCUUCGACAAAUCCGUCUACCAAAAAUCGAAAAUGGCACAACAAACGAAGACCCUUUGAUCAAUACUUUCGUGACAGAAGAAAUCAAAAAGUACAUAACCCCGAAAGAAAACCGUGUUGGAAAGAAGAACAUAUACGGAACCGAAAAGGUAUACAACACGAUAGGCCAUGGAUGUGUCUCCAUGAAGAAAGAACUCGAAGAAUACAUGGAUUACGACAUCGGGUCAUUCUGUAAAGACGAUUGGAACAUCGCCCAAAAUCUCAUGAUCAAGGGUUGCGAUCCAUUACCAAGAAGACGAUGUCUCACAAGAGCUUCAAAGCUCUACCAAAAACCCUACCCGAUAAACGAAUCUUUAUGGAGAAUACCCGAUGGGCGAAACGUGAGAUGGAGUCACUAUUCGUGUAGAAACUUCGAGUGUUUAUCGAGCAAGAAUCCGAAAAGGGGUUUCUCCAAAUGCAUCGGGUGUUUUGAAAUGGAAAAGGAAAGGGUAAAAUGGGUAAUCAACACAACGGUGACAACCGAUUUCUUGAUUGAAGACGUGUUACGGGUCAAACCGGGUGAGAUACGGGUCGGUGUUGAUUUUGGGAUCGGGACCGGGACAUUUGCGGGUCGGAUGCGGGAACAUAAUGUGACGAUUGUGUCUACUGCUUUGAAUCUUGGGGCUCCGUUUAAUGAAAUGAUUGCUCUACGAGGUUUGAUUCCUUUAUAUGUGACAUUGAAUCAAAGGUUGCCUUUUUUUGAUAAUACGAUGGAUUUGAUUCAUACGACUGGGUUUAUGGAUGGGUGGAUUGAUUUGCAGUUGAUGGAUUUUAUUUUGUUUGAUUGGGACCGGGUUUUGAGACCGGGUGGGUUGUUGUGGGUGGACCGGUUUUUUUGUAGCAGGAAGGAUUUGGAUGAUUAUAUGUAUAUGUUUCUGCAGUUUAGGUAUAAGAAGCAUAAAUGGGCUAUUUCGAAUAAGUCUAAAGAUGAGGUUUUUCUUUCUGCUUUAUUGGAGAAACCUCCGAGAAAAAUGGAAGUCACCCGUCUGGAAGAAGAAAUGGGUCGAGAUUUGGUGUUAAGCAGGGUUAAGUCACUCGCAUUACAUCGUCAGAUUGAGAACACGGAGAAAAAGUUGACUUCGUUGACUGUAUUGGUGAUUGUGAGUUUUGGUUUUAUGGUGGAGAAGGUUCUUCGUAUUGUGAACAAGUGA